AUGUCAGAUUCUGAGGUUAUGCCGUACGAUGUUCUGCCAACCUUCGAGACCGACAAUGAGCUUCUCAACAGGACACUGACGCAGAUCGAGCAGUUUUCACGCGCUGAUGGACUGCCAGACUACCAUACUGUUGUCAACGAGGAUCCUCCUUCGUAUAGGCCAAACAACACCGUGCGCAAUCAGGAGUUGCUCCAUGCGCGAGAUAACGAGAGACUGCUGCUGAACAAUUUGGACCAGCUGGACAGAAUCACGUCGCCUGUCAGGAUCACCAUCAGAGCCACGAAAACCUUCCCUGAGAUGGGGAAGAGCAUUGAGCGAGGUAACCCCCUGAAAGAGUUUCAUGCUGGAGAUAUUGUCACUGGCUGUGUCACCGUGCACAACCCGACGAGUACACGAGUUCCCUUUGAGAUGUUUUUGGUGUCGCUCGAGGGCUAUGUCACCAUACCGUCCAUAAUGACCGGCAAGGUGACCAAACGUACGUUUCUAAAAAUGUUCGAUUUCGGAGCAUGCUACAUGGACGGGUUCUAUCCGACGGCGAAUUUCCCCACGCCCACGCAGUGCACGUACGACCCGUUCGACGAAACCUAUUACGGCUUUCCCGAGUCCAAGGUGCUCGAGCCAGGGAGCAAACACAAGAAAUUCUUCUAUUUCAGACUGCCAGAGACACUACUCGAAAAUUCAUGCGAUCACCACAUAUACGAGCAUUUUGAGAAACUGCCACCUUCGUUUGGGCUCGACCGCGACAGUUUCAGCGGCAGAGCCAGACACAUUGCGAUCAACGAGUCGCUGGGAUAUGGCCGACUGCAGGACAUUGGUUCGCCAAUUCUGCUCAACGACCAGAGCGAAAACGGCCAGUCGGUGUCGUAUGCCAUCACAGUGCGCAUGAUCGGCAAGCAUCAGGACAUUUACAAGAAGGACCCGAUGAAAAAGUUCAUCAUGAUCAAGGACGAGCAGCAUUUCUUCAGAUUCAUCCCUGACGAGUCUCUCGACUUACCCUCUUACAAAGAUAACCAGAACCUGGCAAAACAGUCCACGAAGCAGCAAUUGGAACGGGUUUCCAGGGCUGCCGAGGAGGCAAUAGAGAAGCUCACCAAGUUCAAGCUCUUGCGGUCUGCGGGAGUCGAGAACGAGCGCGAAGUCGACGAGCUCAGCUCGACCACAGAAAAGCUCAAGAAAAUAAAUUUAAAAUCGUCUGCAGAGCCAAUAAUUUCGCACACUACAGACAGGUACCAAAAUAGCACCACUUUUCCACUGUACAAGAAAAAGCUAUUUGGAUUCCCAAAUGCCAAAUCUUCUGAAAAACCUAACCAACUCAGGUUCGAAGCCUCGAUAAGCAGAAAUGUGCGACUCGGCUAUAUUGUGCCCAGCGUGCUCUCCAAGAUCUCGUCGACAGAGAUCGAGCAGCAGCAGGCGUCGGUCCUUUCGCAGGUACCGCUCCAGUCUCCUAUUUUAAGUCCCGUGACGUCUCCGCACGGAGGCGAGCUUGCCCCUGUCAGCUCGCUCACCAGUCUCAAAUCGCUAAACGACGAGACACUUAAUGCGCUAGUUUCCAAAAUGGAGUCUAUUCCUUUUUCCAAUGAGGUGGAAAUCCAGCUGGAUUCCGCCUCAUCGCACCUUCCGGAGAUCGUGUACGUGCGCCCAGCACUAAAGUCGUGCACAAUCUCCUCGCCAUCGCCGAUUCCCGUCACUUUUGAUCCGGACUUUCUGCUCCAGGCAGAGACCCCGGCAAACGCUAUAAUGAACGUGAAAGACGAGUUCUCGAGUUAUCUUGCAGAGCUAAAAUCGCUCGCCCGAGAGACAGGCCGGGGCAUAGAUAAGCAGCUGUGCCACGACCUGAUCUCUCUCUCAAACAUCGGCUUGGCGCAAAAAACUCUACCAGUCUUUGAAGAGAUUAUUUUGCGGAGCCAGCCGAAAUGGGUGAAAACCAGCGAGGGCUACUCAACGAGGUUCAAAAUCAAACUCAACUGGGACUACGCUACUAUUCGAAAACUGACCCUGCUGCCUAGCUUCAGCAUAUGCUACCUCACCAAGCUCUACUACCUGACGCUGAAGCUGGGCUUCAAAAAGCACUCAACCAACAGCGCAGUGCUGAACGUGCCCAUAGAGGUGGCCAAGAUUAGUUUUGGGAAAAACCUGCAAUGA